UGAUAAGCUCAAUAACAUACCGACAGCAAAACUUUUUUCAGUAGAUGUAACGGGUGAUCUCGAAGAGAAUCGCAGCAAGAUUCCUGAAGUAUUCUCAAAACAAAGACCAAAUUAUGGCAAGAAUCAUACUUCAAAACAUACUAAAAUGGUGCUAGAUAAACUAGCAGUAAGAAAGUAUCUGUGCAAAAAUUCGAAUAAUACUGAAUCUAGUGAGGCUAUUAUGAAAACAGGAGAGUAUGAUGUAUGGGCACAAGGUUCAAAGAAAUUUUAUGUUUUUAUGGAUUUUGAAGAGCGAAAAAUUAAGCCACCUCAGACCUUGAAUAUGAAACCUGCAGUUAACAUUCCUGCUGUUCAUCUACCACAUUGUGGAUCAAGCUACAUGCCAUCAUUUAAAGAUCAUCAGGAGCUCCUCAUGAUGGCUCAUGAAGUAGAAGUCGUAAAAUUAAAGCAAAUGCAACGUAUCAAUUCUAAACUUCCGUACUCCGUCGAUGUUUCUUCUGCACUAAACAAUGAAUGUGCUGAGCAUGAAAAGAAGAUGAUUGAACGGACAAAAUUGGCCGAAGAGGUGAAAAAAAUGCCAAAGAAAAAAUUUGGCAAAUAUCGAGUCAGAAAAGCACCAGUCGAUGUAAAACUCACGGAGGAUUUGGAAGGGACACUAAGACUUUUAAAGCCUGAAGGAAAUCUUUUCCGUGAUCGAAUGAUUAGUUAUGAAGAGCGUAAUAUUAUUGAACCGAGAGUACCUGUCAGCAAAAAACGAAAAUAUAAACUUAAAGA